AUGAAGUUCACACUGACCCGCCGGUGCUUGGUACUCUUCAUCUUCCUAAAUCACCCAACCCCAGUUCUUCCUGCCACUUCAAAUGACACCUAUCCUCCAAAUAUGAAGUCCGAGCCAUUUCUCUACGUCCUAGGACGUAAGAAAAUGACGGAUGCGCAGUACAAAUGCUAUGACCGCAUGCAGCAGUUACCCCCAUACCAAGGAGAAGGUCCAUAUUGCAACCGUACCUGGGAUGGAUGGCUGUGCUGGGAUGAUACACCGGCUGGAGUACUGUCCCAUCAAUACUGCCCAGAUUAUUUUCCAGACUUUGAUCCAUCAGAAAAGGUUACAAAAUACUGUGAUGAGAAAGGGGUUUGGUAUAAACAUCCUGAGAACAAUCGAACCUGGUCCAACUAUACUAUGUGUAAUGCUUUCACUCCUGAGAAACUGAAGAACGCAUAUGUCCUGUACUACUUGGCUAUUGUGGGUCAUUCUUUGUCGAUUUUCACCUUGGUGAUUUCGCUGGGGAUUUUCGUGUUUUUCAAGAACCUUGGCUGCCAAAGGGUAACUCUGCACAAGAACAUGUUUCUGACUUAUAUUCUGAAUUCUAUGAUUAUCAUCAUCCACCUGGUUGAAGUAGUACCCAAUGGAGAGCUUGUGAGAAGGGACCCGCUGAGCUGCAAGAUUUUGCACUUUUUUCACCAGUACAUGAUGGCAUGCAACUACUUCUGGAUGCUCUGUGAGGGAAUCUACCUGCACACACUCAUCGUGGUGGCUGUGUUCACUGAGGAGCAACACCUGCGUUGGUAUUAUCUCUUGGGCUGGGGGUUCCCACUGGUGCCGACCACUAUCCAUGCUAUUACUCGGGCGCUGUACUUCAAUGACAACUGCUGGCUGAGUGUGGAAACCCAUUUGCUUUACAUCAUCCACGGCCCCGUCAUGGCAGCACUGGUGGUCAAUUUCUUCUUCCUGCUCAACAUCGUCCGCGUGCUCGUGAGUAAACUGAGGGAAACCCAAGAGGCAGAAUCGCAUAUGUACCUGAAGGCUGUGAGGGCCACCCUGAUCCUGGUGCCCCUGCUGGGAAUCCAGUUUGUCGUCUUUCCCUGGAGGCCAUCCAACAAGAUGCUUGGGAAGAUCUAUGAUUACCUGAUGCACUCUCUGAUCCAUUUCCAGGGAUUCUUCGUUGCCGUGAUUUACUGCUUCUGCAACAACGAGGUCCAAACCACCGUGAAGCGCCACUGGGCCCAAUUCAAAACCCAGUGGGAUCAGCGCUGGGGGAGCAGGAACCCCCGCCGCUCUGCUGCCAACGCUGCAGCCGCUGCUGCAGCCGCUGCCGCAGCCGCAGCUGAAGCCGGCGACAUCCCGGUUUACAUCUGCCAUCAGGAGCCGAGGAACGAAGCCGCCAACAACCUGGGCGAGGAGGGUGCGGAGGUCAUCGCUUUGGAGAUCAUUGAGCAAGAGUCAUCCGCUUGAAUGUGAAGCUUACAUCAUGAUCACUGAGCCUUCA